AUGGCGGCCUCCUGCACGUGGAGUAACCUUGUGGAAGAAUAUUUUUCUGGAGUUAACAAUUCUGCAGCCUCUAAGAUCGCCACAGGGUUAACAAAGAAAGAGGUCAGUCUCUUAGCAAUUAUACGAUGCCUUGGGUCAGCUUUCACUGCAUCAGACACAAAUCGCAGAGUAGAAGGAACAGCAUUAUUAGUUGAUGCUCUACAUCAAAUACCACAGGAUUUGUUAACAUUUGCUGAAGUGGAGCUGCUUAGUUCAUUUUUAAGUGAUCGUCUUUCUGACCACCAUUCACUUCAGCCACUGGCUCUUCACGGGCUUGCUGCUCUGAGUAAUUGUUGUAACAUUCCCUCCUUAGUACCUGAGCGAGUAUGUCGGAGGAUAUUUCGUGAAGUCCAGAACCAAUCUCUGCCACAAAAGGACAGGUUUUCUGUUUAUACAAUUAUGUAUAAUUUUCUCACUACAAAACUUGAAGAUUUACGUAAAAUGGAAAGUGAUUUUGUUUGUGGUUUCAUUCAAGCAAUGGAUGGUGAGAAAGAUCCCCGAAAUUUAAGAUUUGCAUUCCAAUGUGCUCAUUUAAUUAUUAAAAACCUUCCCCUUGGUGUAUUUGUUGAAGAAAUGUUUGAAAUUACAGCUUGUUAUUUCCCCAUAGAUUUUCAACCACCCCCAAAUAAUCCUUUUUGGUGUUCUUCUUUGUUUGCUCCCUUUGUUCUUCCUUUGCUAAGUGAUAAAAUGUCCUCAGACAUUCAAGAUGCACGUAUUGAUGCCAUGCAGACAUUGGCUAGUGUAUCUGAGGUUUAUGGAGCAGAAGCACUUACCAAGUAUCUAUCGACCGAAAUUAUUUUUUCCAUGUUAAAAAAGGAGUACAUGUCUGGUAUCUUAGAACUACAAAAACCCUCCCUAGAAGCUUUGACUGCCCUGAUAUCUUCACUAUCUCUACAUGUGGACGAAGGUGGUUCUUAUCCCUCUCUGCUACCUUUCUUGGACUGCAUUCUAAAAGCCUGUGUACUUGAUUAUGAAUAUGAAAACCAGUUUACAAGUCACAUUCAGCUUUUGCAUAGCACAGCAGCAGCCAGCACACCAUCAGGAUGUUAUGUGCUUCAACAUAUUCUUCCAAAAAUUCUUCAGAUGUACAAAGAUGCUGUUCAGACAAAUCAAAAAGGACUCAUUCUUAAUUGUUUUCAUGGUUUCAUUCUUGCCACAAGAUCUGCCUCUAUUACCACUGCUGAAGAAAGUCCAGUUUUUCAGCAUCGUGAUGAGAUUUUCACAAUGCUUUUGUCUACAUUCAACAAUACCAGUGUUCUGCUUUGCAAAACUGUUGUCAAGUGUCUUGACUCUCUCCUUGACUAUCAUGGUGUCCUCAACAACACAGACAAAAUACUAAUAGUUGAGCAUAUCUUCAUUCUCGUUCAAAACAAAGAUGAAAUGCUCAGAAGUCAGUGCAUAACCAUCCUGUCUAAUAUGUCUUCUAUAUCACCUGACAUUGUCAAACAAAAUGUCCUGCCACAGUUAUACCAAUCAUUAAAGAAAAUGGAAACAAUAAAUAAAAAUAAUGAAAGUUGUUGGCAAUCAGUUCUUACAACAUUGGAGGUAUUAUCUUCAGUUUGUAAAAACCCUUCCAUGACGAAACUUGUGUUACCUGAAAUCUGGGCAUGGCUUGAAAAUUUAUUAAGAGAUGAUAUCAACCAAAAGUCAGAAGUGACUGAACUAUGUCAUGAGGUAUUAAAAGCCAUUGUUAAAAUAGUUGCUUAUACCUGUGAAAGUGACUCUGUCCUGUACCUUGAUUAUCUUUACACCUGGUUUGUACCCCGUUUGCUACAAUUGACCAUUCCACACUUACUGGACAGUGGCAUUUCACUCUCAGCAAUUGGCAUCAUGGAAAGUGGAGCCACCAUUCUGAGAGACAUUACAACCAAACUUGACAAAAGGAAAGCAGAGGUACUGUGUGAACAAAUUAUCUGCCUCUUUCUUCAUGAGGAUAAGAAUGCAUUCAACAUAAUGCUAGCAUCUGAUUGUAAAUUCCAGCCUUUGAAGUGUGAUUCUCCUGUACAACAGACUCGCUUGGUUGCCUUCCUCACAGCAGUUGUGUGCAGCACUUUGCUUUCGGUUUCAAUCUAUGAAAUUGACAAAUUGUUAGAACAACUUGCAAAUCUGGCCAUCUUUACUGGAGAUGAAAUCACACUAAUUCAUGCGGCUAAAUGUUGUGCUGGCCUCUUCAACAAAUACUCACAAACUUCUCCUGCCAAAGAAUGUCUUGAAACUCUCCAAGAGAAUCUGAAAGCUAAGUUGACCAAUUUGGAUAAAUCUACAGAGAAAGUUCAGCUUCAAACUUUACACUUGUGGCUUUGGUUAACAAAAGCAUUGGUGAUGUGUGCUCAUCAGCAAGCAAAUCAAUUUGUGGACCUUAUUCUUAAUUUGUUUGAAGAAUGUGAGUUAGGUGAGAGUGCCGCCAAGGGGAUCUAUCUCAUCUUGAAUGAAUACAAGGAUGUUUUGAGCCGAUCACAACAUGCCAAAGUACGUCUCAUGUAUCGACAGAGGUUUUUUGUUGAACAUAUACAACGUUUAUCUGAAUCAUUCCAUCAUGCAAAACCUGAAUUAAAGAAGAAUUAUUUAAUAGCUGUAUCACAUUUAUUAACUUUUCUUCCACGUCAAGUUCUUGUGUCAGAAUUACCACCUUUAAUUCCCAUGUUGGUGCUUGCUCUUAUGUCUGAUGAGUGUAAACUGCAGUUGUCUACAAUGUCAACUUUAAAAACUGUGAUGGAUGAAAGCCCAGCACUCCUGGCUCAACAUGUCAACCUUAUUGUGCCCAGAUUACUCAAACUCUCCAAAACAGAUACAUCAAUGAAAGUGCGCAUUGCAUCUCUGGAAUGUCUUGAAUAUUUAACCCAACUACCAGCUUCAACACUUCUUCCUUAUCGACGUGAAGUGAUCCGGUUUCUGGAACCUGUUUUGGAUGACAAAAAACGACUUGUUCGUAGGCAAGCAGUUAGAGCACGGGGUGAAUGGUAUUUACUUGGUGCCCCAAUCAGCUGA